UCAUCAUCUUUUCCCCUAUAUAAACCUCUGUCUCUCACUCUUAUCUUCCAUCUCUCUCGCAUAGUAUUAGUCAAGAAAGAAAAUACUCCAAAUUUAGCAUAUAGUGAGAAAAUGGCAAAGAACGUGGGUAGUGAAGGGUCGUUCACGACGAAAGACUACCAAGAUCCGCCGCCAGCACCACUGAUUGACCCAGUAGAGCUAACCCAAUGGUCUUUUUACAGAGCACUCAUUGCUGAAUUCAUAGCCACUCUUCUCUUCCUUUACAUAACGGUGCUGACCGUCAUUGGUUACAAGAGCCAAAGUGCAACGGCAACUGAUCCUUGUGCUGGUGUUGGGAUCCUUGGUAUUGCUUGGGCAUUUGGUGGCAUGAUUUUCGUUCUUGUCUACUGCACCGCUGGUAUUUCUGGUGGUCAUAUAAAUCCAGCAGUCACAUUUGGAUUAUUCUUGGCGAGGAAAGUAUCACUAAUAAGGGCAGUUAUGUAUAUGGUGGCUCAGUGUUUGGGAGCCAUUUGUGGCGUUGGAUUAGUUAAGGCUUUCCAAUCAGCUUACUACCACCGCUAUGACGGCGGAGCCAAUAUGCUCUCCGACGGAUACAGUCACGGCGUCGGGUUGUCGGCGGAGAUCAUCGGAACUUUUGUUCUUGUUUACACUGUUUUCUCUGCCACUGAUCCCAAGAGGAAUGCUAGAGAUUCUCAUGUCCCUGUGUUGGCGCCACUCCCCAUUGGAUUUGCAGUUUUCAUGGUUCACUUAGCCACCAUUCCGAUCACCGGCACCGGAAUCAACCCGGCUAGGAGUCUUGGCGCUGCCGUUAUCUUCAACCAACACAAAGCCUGGAAAGACCACUGGAUAUUUUGGGUAGGUCCUUUCAUUGGAGCAGCCAUUGCAGCAUUCUACCAUCAAUUCAUAUUGAGAGCAGGUGCAGCUAAAGCCCUUGGUUCAUUCAGGAGCACUACUUCUCAAGUUUGAUGAUUAAAUUUGAGAGAAAAAGAGGAAAGGGUUGUUGUACUCUAAAUAUUUAUGUCAAUGUUUUGUUUUAAUUAGUGGUCUUAAUUUCUAGCUUUCCUUGUCACAAAUUAUGAUGGUUUUGAAGAUCAUGCGCAAUAGUGGUGUUGUACUUGAGAGCCAAAGAUGUGUAGAUUACAAAUGUAUUGUCUUUGGAAAGGGAAAGCUCUUUUUUUUUUUGGUAUUCCCUUUUAUCAUUGACAAUUGAUCUUUGCAUCUACACUUUGUGUUUAGGACUAUCUUUCUUUGUAUUUUUCACUUCUUUAUCUUAAUUCAUUUCACUUUAUGUUUCAGUCCA